GCGCAUGGUCACUGCAUUUUCUGAGAUAUCCGUGGCGACAAAUGAAAAUGGAGAUAAAAAGGAUCAAAUUUUGAUGAAAAGUAAAUAAUGUGGAUACAUUUAUAUUCCAUUAAAAUGUUAUUAUACGACUAAAAAGUUGCGUUAUACAAAAAAAUGCAAAAUAGAGAGGAAAAAGAUUUGUUGGCUAUAAUCACAGGAAAUCCUUCGUCAAAUGAGAAGGUUAAGACUUUGCCAGAGAAUCUCCUUAGAAUACUUUUCGAGGAUAUAACAUCUCAGCAUAACAAUAGCAGCAAGAAAUAAUCCUUUCCUGGCAGAAGCCGUUUCAGCCGUGUUCCACGUCGAUUGGUGCCAGAGGCUGUGGUGAGAUACAAAUUUAUAAGCAGUCUUCGAUUCC